AUGACAGUAAAUAGGGCGGAUGCUUCACUUGAGGCUGCAGAAGCGUUUCUGGCCCCCGUAUUCUCUCGAAAAUCCCUGGAGCAAGUGCGCGCUCAGUCUUUUAUUGAGCGAUUAUCCACGGGAUUGAAUGCAGAUGAAAAUGCUCAAUUAUCACCUAAAACCAGAGUCUUGAAAAAAGCAAGCUCUUUACUAGUCGCAAUACAUAAAGCUCUCAUUUACGAAAAUGAUACUUCCGGACAAAAAGCAGAUGAAUAUCUUUAUGAACCAAAAAGACGGAGAAUAGUCAAUGGACUCUUCGAUUUGAUAUCCCUCGAGGGUAUCUAUCCCUCACUAUCUCCAGGAGUGGGCAUACCUGUUGAAAGACGUGUAAAGUCUGUUCUGCCAGCAGGGGUGGUGGCAAAGCCUGUUGCCCGCGAUGUUCAGACCGAGCCUAAUUCUGAGGCAAUACGGGAUCUACAAGACAGUAUUGAUGCCCUGAUUCAAAUUGCUCAGGAUGAUAGAAAGGGGCUCGAACCUCUUCUGCGGGAUAGGACCCUAGUUGACUUGAUCUGCGGCGCCGCGGAACUAGCAUAUGGUCCUAGCAGUAUAGGAUCAAACAAAGAGAAAUAUGACACUAUAUUUAAGCGUCUCCUGGCCAAUACCCCUACAUCCUCCCUCCUUCCCAUCCUCACCUCUCUUCUUCAGCCUACUACCCCAGAAUGGCUGCGUCCGCGUCUAUCUACACCGUUAUCUCUACUACCUCUUCGUCCACGCGGCGUGCGGCAUACCAUAGAGUUUCUGGCCUCUACCGCCCCUCCACCGCCGCCUCCUGCGAACAAAAAGGACGAAUCAAUUCCAUCGCGAGGUCCACCAUUGCCGCUAGAAGCAAUAACGCAAGCUUCGAAGUUACUGUCAUCAGUUCCAAAGAUGAUGACUGCAGAAGCUUAUUUCAGUCAGAUAGCACCGCAAUUGCUGAGCCUUCUAGACGGCGAGGACGGCCCAGAAAUGAGCAAAGCCGCGGGCGUGAUUAUUGGCGGCGGUAUCCUUGGAAGACGCAUAUACGGUGCGCCUAGGACCAUUGGUUGGAAAUGCUUCGUCGAGCCAGUCUUAGGAAAAGUUGAUCCUGGACUGAAUACGUUUAUCACGGAAUCAUCGAUCCCGUCCCUCCAAAACGAAGUUACUGUCCUCGUUUCCGAGAGCGAACUCAAACUUGCCCUUCAAAGACUGUCGACAUUGCUCACGUCUCAUCCAAACCCAGGGUUGACCAAGAGGUUGCUCACGCCAGUAAAGCUGCCCUUAUGGGCACUCCUCUGCUCAGCCAGAGAUACGGACAAGACCGCCUAUUCUUACGCCAGCUCUCUUCUGUAUGCAUAUUUCAAAGUCUCCGCAGGGACGCCUCAGAUGAUUGAAUUAUCCGAAGACAUCAUGUACGACGGCCGAUCCUGGUGGACAUAUGAAGCCCAGCCGAGCGGCGAAAUCGCUGUGAUAUCAAGGAAUGAUAACCAAUCUGCCUCCCGCAACAUGGUUCAAUAUGUCGAACAACUGGACAAGCGGGUCGAUGAAUAUAUCCGACUCGUCUGCUCAGACGACAGUGACAAGGACCGUUUCAGCACUAUCUUCCUCGCCAUCACACGACGAUGGCUUCUCGAUCCUCUGAAAGCCCCAGCCGCCACACCGAACCAGCUUGAGCUUGGGCCUGACAAUUCAACCGACUUACCAAACUCUCUCAAAAUGCUAGCCAAUGCCAAACUCGUUCAGACAAUGCUCAUAAAACUCAAGGACAAACUUGCCGAAAGUCCGGGUCAGCUUUUCGAGCUAGUACAGCAACUUCUCGAAACCUUUAUCGAAAACGACAAGGCUAAACGCCAGAGAAUCGAAGCUCAAAGCAAACCCUCAAUUUCUGGCCUCAGCUCCAUUGUCCAGCCAGAAUCGGACUCCGCUGCCCCCGGCAUCUCCUCUUCUCAAUCCGAGGAUCCUUCAGAAAUUGCAUCCAUCGCACUAAGUCUCCUCUCCACCAUCUUGUCAUCGCCCGGAUUCUCCCCUUCUGCACGAGACAUGUCUCUGCUCUCCAACAUCCUCCCAUCUCUCGCCUACCUCUCUAGCAUUCCAUCCAUUCCGUCAUCUCUGUCCAUGGCAGCCACGAACCUCUCCUCCCUCAUAUCCUUGCAUGCCUCCCUUCCGCAGCCUACCGCUGCUCCAACCGUAGACCCGCACGCAGAAGACCGCAAAACGCACCAACUAGCACUUACAUACCUCACCGACCCUGUCCCGCCCGUCCGAGCACAAGGUCUUUCUCUGCUCACUGGCCUUAUAUCUUCACGCUCCCCUACGCUUGAUAUCCCCGUUACUACGAUCCUCUUGCUGGGCCUACUCCAAGACGAAGACGAAUACAUCUACCUGAAUGCAAUCAAGUCUCUUUCUCUGCUCUCACAAACCCAUUCCCGAACGGUCAUUAAAACGCUCUUGGAACGCUACGUUGACCGCGACGAGGAGCUCAGUCUCGACCAGCGUCUCCGACUAGGCGAAGCAUUGCUGAAAACCGUCGAGGGCCUAGCUGGCGGCCUGGUAGGAGAAACUGCGAAAAUGGUAGGCGAGGCAACGCUGGCUGUGGCUGGACGACGAGGCCGACGGGUAAAAGCGCACGAAGAGCGCGAAAAGAAGAUAAAGAAAGAAGACGAUAUGAAACGGGAAGCAGAAGAUGCUUGGGGCGGAGAAGUCCCGCAAUUUGGCGAGGAUGAUCAUGACGAGGGUAAUGAGGACAGUGAUCAACGCCGUCAGCGCGAGAUCGACCAACACCUUGCCCAGAUCAUCGAAGGAUGGCAAGGCACCAGAGAUUCCGAUGACGUCCGGGUCCGUACGUCCGCGUUGUCGAUUCUCGGCGCGGCGAUCGAGACAAAUGUCGCAGGGCUAGGAUCGUUGUUGACAUCUUCUGCGGUGGAUCUGGCGAUUGCCGUGCUGACGCUAGAGACGGCUGAUGAGAAAAUUAUCCUAAGACGAGCAGCAGUGUUGCUGGUUAUGAGCCUGCUCAGGGCUUUGGAUAAGGCGCAGGAGCAAGGUAUCAAGUUGGGUUUCGGAUUGGCAGGGGAGAACCUAGCAGAGGUGAUUCGCGUCCUGAAGUACAUUGAGGCAACGGAUAGAGAUGAGAUUGUGGUGGGCCACGCGAGAACUGUGGUGGAGGAGAUGGAAGUCUGGCAGGGCAAGAGUUUGGGGAUUUUCGGUACGCAAGGCAUUGGUCCUGGUCAUGAAGCUGGAGAAAUUACUGAAGUUGGUCUCGGGGCUGGGAACGCAUUUGGAGAACAAGGAGUAGGGAUAGCUGGGCUGGCGAUCAAUCCUGAGAGUCAACAGAGAACGAGGCCCAGGAUUGAGGAGAUAGAGUAA